CCACACUACAUCAGCCAAUUGAUCGAAGAGAGAAAGAUUUGAAGUAGGAAAACAUGAGUGAAAAAGUAGUAUAUAUCCUUGCUCUCUUCAUUGCCAUCUUCUUGGCCACAUCUAAAGAAGCAGCUUCAAGAGAUGUUUCAACAGAGCCUCACAUUGACACGUCUUUCCAUACCAAUGCCAACCACCAGCAACAGCAGAUUGGGGCGAGCAAAUGUUCAUACACAGUGAGUAUAAAAACAAGUUGUUCCUCAGUCAAGUACACCAGAGAUAAAAUCAGCCUUUCAUUUGGUGAUGCUUACAGCAUUGAGGUGUAUGCACCAAGACUGGAUGAUCCACAGUCUAAGACAUUCGAGAGAUGCUCAAAGGACACAUUCGAGAUAGAGGGACCUUGCAUGUAUGACAUCUGCUAUCUCUAUCUGUACCGGGAUGGAACGGACGGCUGGAAACCUGAGACUGUCACGGUAUCCAGUCCGAAGCACAGGUCUAUUACCUUUAAAUACAACCGAUUUGUGCCCCGCGGAGUGUGGUAUGGUUUUAAUGAGUGUAACAGUGUGUCUACUGUGGCUUGAAAUGAAGGAGAGAACAAAGAGAGCUGAGGACUAGUAUAUUUUCACAAUAAUGAUACCAUGAGCAUGCAUAGUAAUUAGGGAAACUAAGAACGUGAAAACACAUUUGAGUAUGUGUUGU